AUGUCCUCCUCAAGGAGCCUUGCCGCCGCCCUUCGACGGGCUCGGGUGCCCCGUCCCCGUACAUUCGGACCGGCAAUGGUCCCCCACCGGCCGUCGGGAGGGGCCGAAGCCGCCAGACGGUCCUUCAGCGUGGCGUCCACCGUCUAUGCGCCGAAGGAGGUCAAAUACACCACCGACUCCUAUCCCAAUAUCCAGCGGAACCCCAAGUUUGCCGAGAUCACCGCCGACGACGUGAAGUUCUUCCAGGACCGGCUGGGCGCCCCGUCCGCCGUGAUCGACGGCGUCACCACCGACGCGACCGACGACAUCGAGCCCUUCAAUGGCGACUGGAUGCGCAAGUACCGGGGCCACACGCGCCUGGUCCUGAAGCCGCGGUCGAAGGAGGAGGUCAGCGAGGUGAUGAAAUACUGCAAUGAGCGGAAGUUGGCCGUCGUGCCGCAGGGCGGCAACACCGGCUUGGUGGGCGGUUCCGUGCCCGUGUUCGACGAGAUCGUCCUCAACCUGUCGCGCAUGAACCAGAUCCGCUCGUUCGACGAUGCGUCGGGUGUCCUGGUGGCCGACGCCGGCGUGAUCCUCGAGGUGGCCGACCAGCAUGUCGCCCAGCAUGACCACCUCUUCCCGCUGGACCUGGGCGCCAAGGGCUCCUGCCAUAUCGGCGGCAAUGUCGCCACCAACGCCGGCGGCCUGCGGCUGCUGCGCUACGGCAGUCUGCACGGCAGCGUGCUGGGUCUCGAGGCGGUCCUGCCCGACGGGACCAUCGUCGACGCCCUGUCGACCCUGCGGAAGAACAACACCGGCUACGACCUGAAGCAGCUCUUCAUCGGCGCCGAAGGCACCCUCGGCGUCAUCACGGGCGUGUCGAUCCUGUGCCCGCCGCGCCCUCAGGCGGUCAACGUCGCCUACUUCGGCCUCGAGAGCUACGACCAGGUCCGCCAGGCCUUCAAGCUCGCCAAGGGCCAGCUGUCGGAGAUCCUGUCCGCCUUCGAGCUCAUGGACGGCCGCAGCCAGCAGCUCGUGCACCAGUCCACCGGCAACAAGUACCCGCUGGAGGGCGAGUACCCGUUCUACUGCGUGGUCGAGACCAGCGGGUCGAACCCCGAGCACGACAUGGCCAAGCUGGAGGCCUUCCUCGAGCACAUCAUGAGCGAGGGCGUCGUGGCGGACGGCGUGCUGGCCCAGGACGAGACCCAGUUCCAGGCCAUCUGGCGCUGGCGCGAGGGCAUCACCGAGGCGCUCAGCCACCUGGGCGGCACCUACAAGUAUGACGUCUCCAUCCCGCUGCCGGAGCUGUACCAGCUGGUCGACGACUGCCGCGAGCGGUUGACCCAGCUCGGCUUCGUCGGCGACGACGAGUCGCACCCCGUCCGCGCGGUCGUCGGCUACGGCCACAUGGGCGACUCCAACUUGCACCUGAACAUCGCCGUGCGGCAGUACAACAAGGAGGUGGAGAAGGCCAUCGAGCCCUGGGUGUACGAGUGGAUCCAGAAGCGGAACGGCAGCAUCAGCGCCGAGCACGGCUUGGGUCUGGCCAAGAAGGAGUUCAUCGGGUACAGCCAGAAUGAUACGAUGGUGAAGCUCAUGAAGCAAUUGAAGGAUCUGUACGAUCCGGUGAGUUUUCUCUCAUUACCCCUCCUGUUUGACGUGACUAACAGACCGCAGAACGGGAUCAUGAACCCGUACAAGUACAUUUAA